AUGUUCUUUUGUUUGGGGUUGAGAAAAAUGAUGGCCGAGCGGUGUUCAAUAAAUGCUUUCUUAGAUGCGCUUCUUCCCAUCUCACCACUUAAUUCUCUAAUCCUGAACUACCAUGGAACUGUGAAUGAACAACCUAUAACGUUCGAUUUGCCUUUGUCCAAUUUUGCAGCAUCUGCACGUGCACCAAAGACCAAGUGGAAGUUUCUAAUGAGGGUGUGGAGGGUUCACCCACCAGAGCAAAAGCUUUGCCCUCAAGGUGUUUGGAGGUGGGUUUUGGUUUGGAUGAGCGUUUGUUUUCUUGUGUUCACGGUUGGUCCACCGUCUCGGUCGCUGCUGAAGAAUAGUGCGUCUAUUCAAUUUUCUUGUCCUCCAUGUGACUGUUACUGCUCUUCAGCGGAAUAUCUCCUCGAUCCUUUGGGACUUGCCAAUGGCUCAAUUUCCGAUUGUGGUAAACAUGAUCCGGUUUUGAAUGAGGAAAUGAAUAAGAGUCUACUGACAAUGCUGUCUGAGGAGUUAAAUCUGCAGAAAGUAGUGGCCAACGAGAGCUUGGAACACAUGAAAAGGUUAGUAAUGGAUGCAAGGAAAACAUUUUUACAUUAUCAGAAGGAAGCAGAAAAGUGCAACAUUGGGAUGGAAACUUGUGAAGAAGCAAGGGAGAGGGCAGAGGCAGAGCUCAUUAAAGAACGCAGGCUCACAGCAGUAUGGGAAAAUCGAGCUCGUGAAUAUGGGUGGAGUGACAGAACAAACAUAAGGAGUUAA